AUGAGCAAUGCUGAUAUUCAACAUACUGAAACCCAUACUUAAAGAAGGCCUACCACUGCUUCCCUUCAACACUCAGUUUAGAAUUCUCAUCCAAUAUCCCCUCUGAAAUACGAUUAUUUGGUCACAUAGCACACUCAAAAUUCUAUAUCACCAUUGAGAUAAUCAAAUUAGAAGAAUAGAUUUGUACAACCAUUUAGUUCCUUAGCCAUAAUAUCAAAAUAAUAAAUUGAUAAUGACUAUAAGAAACUCUCCUUGCAAUCUCCUGCUCAAGUCUUCGUAAAUUGUUUACCACCAAAGGCGCCUGAAUUGUAUAGAUCUACAAAUUCCCCAACAAGAAUUGGGUAAUAUAAUUCUAAGACUCAAGUUUCAGAAAGAGGAAUGGAUGAUAAAUUAUCUGAAUUUUCACUCUAGCUCGUUAAUUAACAAACAGUUGAGGAUAGACUAAAAAUGCAAGAUGCAAAUCUAUUGCAGUUCAAAUAGAUUAAAUUCAAUAAACACAGAAAUAGUGACUAAGAUUUCAAGACUUAAUAGAAUAGAUUAUCUGUAAGGGAUGAAAACAUCCAACAAUCUAUUGCCUAUAGUUAACACACAACUAAAAAUGGUUACAACAAUUGUGAUUUACAAGGCAAAUAUGAUAAGCUAAAGGAGGAAUAUGACUUAUAACAUAAGUUCCUAUAAGAGAAAGAGAAAGCCUAUAAUGACCUCUAAUUAAAGUAUUAAUAGUUAUAAAGAUUACAAUAAUAAUAUCAAUCCAAUAACUCAGAAUCAGAUUAACAAACUAUAAAAUAAUUAAGAGAGAAGCUACUACUGAAUGAAGAGAAAUUAUAAGAAUACUCAGUUGUACAGUUUCAAAUCCAAUCAUUAAAACAGCAAAAGGCAGAAGUGGAAAUGAAAUAAAAUAGAUUAUUAACUGAAAAUUAAUAAUUAAAAAAUGAACUAACACAAUUAUAAUAGUCAUUAUCAAAUUGUAAGACCUAGGUGACAUAAGUAAAGGAACUUGAAUUGUUAGUGGAAGUAUGUUAAAAUGAUUAGGAUGGAUUUAUCAAAUCUUUAGAAAGCAAAGAUGCUGAAAUUUAAUACUUAAAAAAUAGAUUACAAACUUCAUAGGAACAACUAUUGAAAUUCAAAUCAGACAAUCUUAAGCUAUUUAAUGAAUUGUAGAACUUACAAUAAGAGAUCAAGAAUAUGUAAUCAGCUGUUUUGUAGUCCCAGGAAGUCAUGAAAACAAAUUAAUAACUUACUUUAGAUAUUGAAAAUUUAGAAUUAAGCAAGAAUGUGUUAUAAGAACAAAUGGAGAACAUUCUUGAUCAAUAUAAGAGAUUAAGUAGCAUCAAUGAAACACUGAAAUAAUAGUAUUAAUCAUCUCAACAAGAAGUUAAUUAAUUAAAAACUAUAUUUGAGAAUGAGAAAUAAAAUUAUGAAUAAUAAAUUUAAGAUCAGAAGUACGUGAUUGAAUAACAGGACAACGAUUUGUAAAAUGCCAAGAUGGAGAAUGAAUCCAAUACCUAAAAAAUUAGUGAAUUGACAUUAUAUUAUCAAGCUCAAUUUGCAGAACUAUAGCAAUCUUUGGAUAAUUGGUUUAGAUAAUAAAUUGAGACUGAACUUAAGAAAGUUGUAGAUCCAAUUACAGAAGAAAGAGACUACUAUUAAGAGAAAUUUAAGGAGGCAAUGCAAAAAUGUGAAUCAUUGGAAGAUCAGAAUUAGGAUAUCAUUGCUGAAUAUGAAUCAUUAACUAGCAAACAUUUAGAGUUGAAGAUGUUGUUCGAUUAGAUUAAGACGAUUUCCUAAACUUAAUUGAAGAACUGA